CUGGCAGGGGGCGGUGACGUCACGCCGGAAGCCACAGUGCGGUGAUGACGCAGGCCAACAUGGAGGCGCAGGUGGAGCUGUGGCGCGCGGACAGGUUUCCGGCUCACCUGAGUCCUCUGGACGUGUUCGUGUUCAGGUCUCAGCUGGACUUCGUGUUCCGCAGUGACGCCGACCCGCCGACCGUCCUCUUCACCCCGCAGCGGCCGCCGCACGGCCCCGGCAGGCCGGGCAUUCUGCUGCGCGUUCACCCGGCCCCCGAGGAGCAGACAGCGGACUGGGCCGGAGCGGAGUCCCGGAGCCGGGUCCGGAUCUUCACCAGCCGCUUCUUCAUGCGACACCACGGGCUGCAGCGGCUCGGCAGCACGGGCACUGUCCGGGCUCUGCAGCCGGUCGACCUGGACCGGGUGGUGCUGGGAGCCCGCAGCAGGCAGAGCCUCCGCUGGACCGGAUCCGAGCCGCUCACCGGCGGGCUGCUGGAGCUCUGUGGCCCGGGACAGUGGCUGCUGGCCCGGCAAGGAGACCCGCUGCUGCUGCCCCGGCACCCGCUGCAGGGAGAGGACCCGGGACAGGUGCAGCAGCAGCUGUUGGAGCUGCUGGUUUUGGACUGCAGUCCUGUCACGCAGGGCCGGAUCACCGCAGACACGGCUCUGGUUCUUACGGACUGCUGGGACUCGGUGGACACCCCGGCAGCCGGGCCGCCCUGCCGGCCGCUCACGCUCUGCGUGUCGGACUUCGCUCACUACGCCGACGGCCUCGGAGCGGGCCGGUCUCUGCUGGACAGCAGGGCGCUGCUGGGCUCGGGGCUGUCCGGCGUCCUGCAGGCGCUGGAGUGCCGGCUGGACGUACGCGUGGUGGACGCUCGGAGCUGGGUCGGGGUCAGAGGUCAGCGGGGCGCUGCCGUGGACCUGGACAGCUGUGUGCUGGUGAGCAAACAGCUGAUCCUCCGGCUCGGCCUGUUUAACCACGAGUGGGUGAAGCUGUCGAGGCCGAGCGGGGUCUGCAGAGAGCGGUUGGUGUCGGUGCUGGUGGUGGAACCGACACCAAGCCUGGACCUGCAGAACCAGAACCUGCAGAACCAGAACCUGCAGAACCAGAACCUGCAGAACCAGGACGAGGUGGGUCUGAUAUCAGCGACGCUGUGGUUCAACAUGACGGACGGAGACGAGAUCCCUGAGAAGACCUGCACACUGAGGGUCAAGAGGUGGAGACCUCCUGCGGCGCCCGGCGGUGACACUUCCUGUCGCUCUGACACUUCCUGUCGCUCUGCUUCGCCGCCGUUUGCCAGCGAGCUUCACGUCGCGCCCGUCGCGUCUCCGCUGACGACCAACGUGAGCGUGUGCGACGGCGUGCUGUCUGAACACUUCAACACGCCGAGGCUGGUCGCCCUCGGAGACGUCCUGACGGUUCCAGCUGAAAACCAUCCGGACCUGCUGGAGUCCAGGUCAGAGGGAGUCCUCAGGUGUGCGGCGCUGUUCUUCAGGGUGCAGAAGGUGUGUCCGUCUGCAGGAGGAGAAGAAGACGGAGCUCCUCACCUGGCCGACAGACUGCACACCUCGCUCUACAUGCGAGCGUCCACCCACAGCGCCGUCCCGUGCUGCCCCGUGGACGGAGCGUCUCUGUGGAGCGGCCUGUCGCCUCCUGGACUCAACAAGACCGUCGAGCUCCUCUGCAGGAUCGUCCUGCCGCACUUGCGGUACAGCGGCUCUCUGUCCGGAUGCACCGUCCUCCUUCACGGCCCUGCAGGAAGCGGUAAAGUGGCGGCGGUGAGCGCGGCGAGCCGCAGACUGAACCUCCACCUGCUGAAGGUGGACUGUGUGAGUCUGUGCGCGGACUCUCCUGCAGCCUCGGAGGUGAAGCUGGCGGCGGCGUUUCAGCGAGCGGACGCCGUGCGGCCGUGCGUGCUGCUGCUCAGGAACCUGCAGCUCCUCCUCCGCCCUAGAGGAGGCGCCGAGGAGGACGGCAGGGUCCCCGCCGUGCUCCGCCAGCUGCUCCACAGCGCCCCCAGCAGUGUGGUCGUCGUGGCGACGGUCUGCAGACCGCGGACUCUGUCUGCCAGUGUCGUGGCGGCGUUCGUCCACCAGGUGGAGCUAGAGAGUCCCACCGAGGAGCAGCGGCGCUCCAUGCUCACCAGCCUGAGCCGAGACCUCCUGCUGGGCCAGGACGUCAGCCUGGACCGGCUCGCCAAACUUACCACGGGUUUUGUGUUGGGGGACCUCGUGGCUCUCCUCGUUGCAGCUGGUCGCUCCUCCUGCAGGAGGCUGAUUCUCAGCUGUGCUGGUCAGCAGGAGGCGGAGCUUUGCUCCAGCGGAGCGACCAUCACGAACCAGGACUUCACCUCGGCCCUGCAGGCCCUGCAGGAGGCACAGUCCACGUCCAUCGGAGCCCCGCAGAUCCCUGAUGUGCGCUGGGAGGACGUUGGAGGUCUUCAGCAGGUGAAGAAGGAGGUCCUGGACACAGUCCAGCUUCCUCUGCAGCGUCCAGAACUUCUGUCUCUGGACCUGAACCGGACUGGAGUCCUGCUGUACGGACCGCCGGGGACAGGAAAAACUCUGCUGGCAAAAGCUGUGGCUACUGAGUGCUCCAUGACCUUCCUCAGUGUUAAAGGUCCGGAGCUCAUCAACAUGUUUGUCGGUCAGAGUGAAGAAAACAUCAGAGAAGUGUUCCACAGAGCGCGCUCAGCUGCUCCCUGCGUCGUCUUCUUUGAUGAACUGGACUCUCUGGCUCCCAGCAGGGGGCGCAGCGGAGACUCUGGUGGGGUGAUAGAUAGGGUUGUGUCUCAGCUGCUCGCUGAGCUCGACGCUCUGAACUCGUCUGUCGGAGUUUUUGUGAUCGGAGCCACAAACCGUCCGGACCUGCUCGACCAAUCACUGCUGAGGCCCGGCAGGUUUGAUAAACUCGUCUUCGUUGGCGUCAGUGAGGACCGAGCGUCUCAGCUGCAGAUUCUACAGGCCGUGCUCAGAAAGUUCCGUCUGGACUCUUCGGUCGACCUGCAGGACGUGUUGGACCGCUGCCCAGGUCACAUGACCGGCGCCGACCUGUACGCUCUCUGCUCAGAUGCCAUGACGGCCGCCAUCAAGAGGAAGCUGGCUCUGAUCGACCAUGGUGUGGACUCAGAGGACUCACCUGUCGUCCUCUCCUCUCAGGAUUUCUCAUCAGCGUUGGAAAACUUCACUCCGUCCGUCUCUGAGUCCGAGCUGCUGCGAUACAGAACCGUCCAACAGAGACUGAGCGCCAAGUAACCAUGACGACGAGCAGUCUAACAAUCAACACUGUAAAUAUGAACGACAAAGAAGAAACUAAUUUAUGUAAUUAAUAAAAAAUAAACCAAUGAAAACAGA